AUGUCCAAAAGGGAACAAAUGAAACUCACAAUCGCAAACCACGAUUUGCACCACCCGGCCCAUUCAGCAGCCGGCAAGGCUCUACCACCUGCCUCUAGCAUUCGUUCUUUCAUCAAGUUCGGAACGAACUAUUCCGGCAACGGCAAAGCAUUUCGCACUUCUACGGUAGAAGUUCUACACAGCCAGAUGCAGAAUAUCACCCAGAAGUGUAACUCCCAUGGCAACAGAUACAAUCAUCGCGAAUGGUUUGAACGACGACACAAAUACUGGCCCUUUGAGCCGCAACACCCAUGCGUCAACGCCAUUGCUCAAGCACGAUCCAAGCACUCCCUAAUCGAACAUGCAAAGGUUUAAAAAAGGCAUAGUCUUGAUACUGCCCAUUUGGUGAUGA